AUGGCGCACCAGUUCUGGUUUUCCUACCCGCCCCCCACGAGCGGCUCCAGCCGCUCGCAGACCGACGAGGAGAAGAAGGAGAAGAAGGAGGCCGCCGAGGCGCUCGCCCGGGCCGAGCACUUCCAGCAGCAGGCACAACAACAACAUAGGGCGCAGCGGGCGCUGGAGCGAGAACAACGGGAGCUGGACCGCGAGAUGAGGGAGAUGGACUGCCGGGCGCCGAUCGCCAGCCUGGACUGCAUGGAGGAGUUCGGCACGGGGGCGGUGCUCGGGUCGGGCGCAUCCGACCCGUCGGCGCCCGCGGCCAACACCAAGGAGUCGGGCGGGCAGCUGGGCGAGCACGCGGUGGCCCGCCAGACGACGGUGACGCCGGGGCUGCGCUACCGCAACCUGGGCAAGAGCGGCCUGCGCGUCUCCAACGUGGGGCUCGGCACCUGGGUGACAUUCAGCUCCGGCGUGACGGAGGAGGCGGCCGAGCAGAUCGUGCUGCUCGCCUACGACUCGGGCAUCAACGUGUUCGACCUGUCCGAGGCGUACAGCGGGCCGCGCGCCGAGCUGGAGCUGGGACGCAUCCUCCAGCGGCACGGCUGGAAGCGCUCCUCCUACAUCGUCACCACCAAGAUCUACUGGAACACCAAGUCUGACGAGCGCGGGCUGUCCCGGAAGCACGUGAUCGAGUCCGUGAAGGCGUCUCUGCAGCGCCUGCAGCUCACCUACAUAGACGUCGUCAUCGUGCACAAGGCCGACCCCAUGUGCCCCAUGGAAGAGGUGGUGCGCGCCAUGAACCACGUGAUCAGCCAGGGCUGGGCCAUGUACUGGGGUACGGCGCGCUGGACGCCCGUCGAGGUCAUGGAGGCCUACACCAACUGCCGGCAGUUCAACUGCGUCACGCCCAUCUGCGAGCAGGCCGAGUACCACAUGUUCUGCCGCGACAAGACCGAGCUCUACAUGCCCGAGCUCUACAACAAGAUAGGGGUGGGCCUGAUGGCGUGGUCGCCUCUCACCAUGGGCCUGGUGUCCGGCAAGGUGGACGACAGCGGCAUGCCUCUCUUCACUAGGCCCUCCUUCAAGAACAAGUACUCCUCCUUCAGCUGGACAGAGGACGAGACGCAGAAAGAGGGCUUCACGUGGGUCAAGGACCGCAGUGGAGGCGGUGGGGGCGGAGGCGGGGGCGGAGGCGACGACACGCCCCGCGAGCCCGCCCCACCGGCGCGACGGCCGCAGCAGGAGAAGGUGCGGGACGUGGCGCAGCUGGCGGAGCGGCUGGGCUGCUCGGUGCAGCAGCUGGCCAUCGCGUGGGGGCUCAAGAACGAGAGCGUCCAGUGCCUGCUGCUGGGCGCCGCCUCCGCCGACCAGCUCUACGAGAGCAUACAGUCCCUCCAGCUGGUGCCAAAGCUGACAAGCAGCACAAUGGCAGAGCUGGAGCGCAUCCUGGACAACAAGCCAGCGAGGCCACCCAUGGUGUCCACCCUGGCGCUUAGAUGACAAUCAAUGUGCCCCCCCGGGGGACCCGGAGGGGGCGCUGAUGGCUCGCCCAAGGACGAGGACGCCGACCAUCAGCAACUCAGCAGUCAGGCCCAGAAACUGCCGUUCUGCACCAUCCAGUGACCUCGGCUGACUCAGGAUGGCGGGGUGGGCGACCUGCUUCCGGUGCUCGCCGGCCCCGCCUCCGCCUCUGCCCCCGGCUACUCCUCCGUGCUGGGGGCUUCAGACCCCAGCGCCACCUACGGGGCCUACCAGUACCAGCAUCAGCCCUACCACCACCACGGGUCCACCUCGUCGGCACCUGCCGGCUGCUGCGGAGGUGGAGUGGGGGGUGGCAGUGGCCGUGUCGGGGGUGGCUGCACCAGUGGCGCUGCUGACGACGACGAGGACGAGACACUCCCACUGCUCUUUUCGUCGCUGUCCACUGACGCGGCCGUCGCAGCUGCUGCGGAGAGCUACGGUGCCUGCCUCAACGAGAGCUGGUGGGAAGAGAACAAUUGAGCCGCGAGGCUGACCACCACCACACCGGCUACUCAACUGUGGGUACUGUGAGACCUCGAGUGUGCCUUGAUUGAUCAUUGGGGGCCAGACUCUUGGUCCCAGCCUCCAUCACAUCAGCGACCAGCUGUGGUUGUGUUCCCACAGAACCAUACGGGAUGUGGAGUGGAGUGCCUUGAUUAAUCAUUGGAGACCAGAUUCGUGGUCAUGACCUAUCCUCCUCUGGUGAAGCACUGUUUGGUGCUUGUGAGUGUGUCUCCAUAUCUAGCCAACAUUCUUUAACGGACAACUGUGAUACCAUUGUGGAAAGCCUAUAAACAUUAACCUUUUGUGCCAGCGACCCAGGAGUGCUGCGUCACAUUCAACCGCUGGAGGUGACAUCUCACAGAAUAUUCCCAUCAUUAGUUCCUCGGAGGACAAGUGCAGUCACUUACCUCAGCACUGUAUAUAUGCCUACAAAUUUGCCUGAUUUGUAUGGAAGAUAUGUGAAAAUCGUUAGUGAUUUUCAGAAACCCGACAAGGAAACUACACAUUGUGUGACACAAACACUGUGUUAUCUUAUCUGUCACGUAGUACACCAAUUUUUCUGUGCUGCGGGCUUUUGAGAAUCAUCUCGCAGUAUGCUUAUCGGAAAUUUCCAGCGAAAACCCACUAAUUUCUACCAUUUUAUGAAUAUCUCGAAGUUCUUUAACUCUGCAACACUACAUGUAUCACCGCACAUAGAUAAACGCAGAUGUACUUGCAUAACAAAGGCAACUAUCAACAGAAUUAUCAGCUUUCUGACAUUCUAAAUUAAGUUCUCCAUGCCAUAAGAGUCUUCACUCAAUUGACAGGAUCAUUUGGGAAAUUUCCUGCAAACCGAGUAACUCCUACUUUUUUAAGAUACCUGAGACUCCUGUAAUCUUACAACAGGAUCUCAAACUCCAUAAUCUGAUGUGCAGGGAUACAUUUUCACAUUGAAGUAAACAUCCAGCAGCAUUAUUCAAUCUGUGGUACACUUCAUCAGUUGCUUUAUUUCUUGAUUCAACUUGCAUUAUCAUUUUGAAAAUUCAUGAGCUUUGUUGACAGUGCAGAUCCGUAAAUUUGCAGUUUUUUAUGGAUAUCUGGAAUUCCUGUAAUCCUAUAAACAUAUAUGAAAAUCUGUGCCUAGGUGUGUGUGGAUAAAUUUCUGUAUCAAUUGCUUUAAUGUGUGUGACAUCCUGUAUCCAUUCCUCUGUCCCGUGGGCUUUCCUAACUCUACUGGCAGUAUCAUCUUGAACAUAUACUCUAUUCUGCAGUGCAAACGUGGAAUUUAUGUUCUUUUAUAGAUUUCUGAAUAUCGUGUAACCAUACAACUUUGCAUGAAGUACCACACUUACAUGUACAGGGCCACAUUUGCAGGAGAAACGAAACAUCCAAGAAAACUAUCUAUGAUGUGUAAUCUUACAUCAAUUACCCUGAAUCAUGGACAUACUUCAUUCAACUGGCAGUAUCAUUAUAGUACAGAUCUUGUAUUUUCAAAAGUACUGUACACUAUAGCUCUGCAUUCAUACUAUAUAUAACUCUACAUACAUAAUCAAGUGUGAGCAGAUGCAUCUCCUUGCCAAAUGGAAGUCCCAAAAACUUUUAAAUUUGACACACACUCUAUAAUGUCUCCAUGUAAAGACUUGUGAAGGACAUGCUUUACUACCAAAGACAUUUGCCGAGAUGCCCUAGAGAUUUCUGACACAAGCAAUGAUCCUUACCUUCUUGACAAUGUUAUCAACAACAGGAAGUUCUGUGAGCUGCACUUCUGGUUUAGGAGUCUGCUUCCAUUGUAUUAGACUUUCAAAGCAGAUUCUGUGACAGGAAAUACUGCUGAGCUACCUAACAACACAUGAUGACAGAAUCAAGAUCAGUGUAAAGAUCGCACAUGCAAAUUUUAUAGUUUAUCAGUAUUUCUACAUUAGUCCAGAUUUUCAAGAGUGAAAUGUAAAGUAAAAUUAACCUGUCUAGAGUGGGAAACCUUCUGACAGCAUGUAUGUAUAUGCAUGUGUGUUUGUGUGUGUGUGUUUACAUCUUUACAUCUCUCCCAUGGAGACAAGCCUUCAAUUACAGGUCAAUGUAUAAACGAUUCUCUUUCUGUCCAAGACUGUAGCAGCAUAGUGCCCAGGGAUAUUCCCUCUCGUUUUUCUUAGAACUGGUGAGCCAGUUUCUGGUGGAAACACUUCUGAUCUGAUGUCUUGCAGGCACAGAUUGCCAUUGGAAGUCACUACAGGUCUCUCAUGUGUACAAUUUAAUACUGAGCUAAAUUGUUUACACAGAUAGCCAACUGCAGAUACCAGCUGUAUGACUUUCCUUCAUUCUGUAAUCUCCAUAGGUAAUAAAACACAUUUCUACAUCUUGAAUAGAUAAAAUAGCAUCACAAAAUCCAUGAAACGUCCCAGUACCUACGUUAGAUGUCACUUAAUGAAGUAUCCAAGUAUCCAAGUAUUGGAUUGCAUAAUGUAUUCUGAUUGCACAGGUGAAUUAGUUAUUCUGAACUUUGAUUUGACAGCAACAUGAAUAUUUUUGUUUGGGUUACUGGAAACGAGUAAUAUAUAACUGUAUUUAUUGUCUGAUUCAUUACAAAUAUUUGCCAUCUUUCAGGAGUCAGAUACAAUAUCAUAAGGAAUAUUGAACACCCUACAGUUUCUUCCCUGGUAACAACAAUAACGUUACCUCAAAUUCUUCUCUUACCAUUUACAUUGUCUUUUCCCUUUCAAUAUUUAUAUCUUAUGGGACAAUCUGCAAGUAUAGUGAAGAGAAUGGCAAAAUACUGGACAAGUAUCAAAAGACAUCCACCAAGAGGGAAAGUUGAUAAUUAGUAAUUUUGAUCUACAGGUGAAUACCUCACAUCCAGAACUCAAUAAGACGUAUGGAAAAGCAUCAAUUUAUCAUGUCCAGAAAUAUGAAAGUCUAGUCAGAGGACUGUGUAGGUAGCAAACACAUUUUAAUUUGGAAGCAUGAACCAUACAACAGUCUUACUUCACAUACACAUACAUAUAAGCUAACUGCUAUGAAGAAAGUUCUGUUUGGUCUCAGUCAUCAUUUACAAUAAAUAACAACUUCAAUAAAUUAAAACAUUUCAAGAUACUGUUUUUUUUCUGUUGUCAAUAUUCUUUACAAGUACUAUAACUUGAACUAUAAAAACUUAAAGUCCAUUAAAUGCCAUAUAUGUGGAGACCAAUUUCUUUCUGUUAUAUACAUCACCCUUAAAGUUUUGUGUUACUAACAUUUCUAAAAUCAGUCAUAAAAUAAAUCAUUGAUAAAUUCAUGUAAAAAAGCUGUCAGAUGUUAAAAUUAUGAAACAUAUUAGGAAAUACUACUGCACUUGAAAGAUAUGCCUACAGAAUAGUCUUUUCACACUUUAUUUCCUUGGUAUAAAGUGGCUCACAACUGCUCGUUAUAUCAGCAUAUCUUGUAAGAAAUCAUCCAAUUUUUCAUAGAAGAUGUACUGGCAUCCAAGGGGAAGGUGGUUCAAGCUCUGGCCAAAAAAAGUCCAAGCAGACUGGUCCAAAAAAUACUACUUGUUUCUGUUAACUCUUCAUCAUCAGUUACGAUUUUUUAAAUUUUUUUAAAAAUUAGAAGUAUUGUAAUUUCCCAGUUGUGUACAAAUUCUAUGGAACAUACUGGAACAUAUAUUAGUCAGAAGAAAGAAAAUUAGCCUUGUAUUUAUCUUUACUGGUGUUUGAAUUCUCGAUGUUGCACUUUAAGAACUGUGAUCCUCAAUCCAUGAGAUUAACCAGCACUAUAGUUGAAUUGAAGUCACAAUCUGAGCCAUUUUUCUCUAAAGACACUUCCUUCUUAAACUGAAAACACCUGACUCUCAAAAUGCGUGUAUCAUGAGAAUCAAUCCAGCAACAUGAAAAGAUAAUGACUUGUCCACAGAGUUCCUUGUUUUAACAAUUUCAUAGAGGACUGAUAUCAGGACAGUUUUAUUGAGUUACUUGUUGUUUCAACCAAGAAUAAUCGGGUUGGUACAUAUCGGUCACCUGCUGUUCUCCGUAUUCUCAUGCCCCACAAACAUUAUACUCAUCUAAGCCCAUUAUAUCUCAACAGCAUACAUUUCAUUUCAUUGCAUUAAAACUGUCUCAACAGUGUGUUAAGGCUUUGGCAUUGUUGUCAAAAGCACUGCAUAAAGCUCAUUGCAUUUACUCAUUGAAUAUAUCCAUAGGUGGCUGUUGGAUUCUGUGAAGCAAGUUGGUGUUAUAUUGGAAUUUUCUUACAAGAAACAGAUGACAGGACUAUGAAGAAUGUUAAUUCACAUGCAGUAUCACACUCUGUGGAGUAAAUGUAUAAAUAAAAUGAAAAGCCUCUCACAAGUUAUUGUUGUAUGAGAAAGAUUCAAAUAAUGGAAACAAAAGAGGAAAAAAAUCGGUUCCAGCAAGUUGCAGAUAUACAUAAGAGAUCUUUCACUGGUAAUGAGAAAUAAAUACCAUCAAUCUGUGUUACUGUAUGAAGAAACACCAGACAAAAAUUAUUUAGUCAGAUGUCCAUAGAUGCUGUUAAAAUUCUUGUUAUUUUUCCUGAUAAUAAUUUCUUGCCUUUUCUCAAUAUGCAUGCGUGCCUCUCCCUCUUAAAAAACGUUCAGUUGAGAUGUCAAACAAUUAUUGAAAAACAGAAGAGCCCAAAAUGAUUGUAGUGUAAAGCCACUUGACCUUACACAAUUUUAAAUAGUCACUCAGUAAUUGAACUGAAGAUGGAAAAAUAACAAAAUUAUAACAUAAUUUUGCCGGUCGAAGUGGCCGUGCGGUUAAAGGCGCUGCAGUCUGGAACCGCAAGACCGCUACGGUCGCAGGUUCGAAUCCUGCCUCGGGCAUGGA